AUGAUUCCAGAUCAUUUGUUUGACGAAGGCAUCAACAAUUCGUUGUUGCAAUCUGAUAUGAAACAUGUUCAAGGUAAUAAAAUAGUCUACGAAAGAACGCAAAGAGAUUACGUUCGUUACUACAGGGUAACUGGCGAAAACUUACAGUUUCCUAAUUUGAAGACAAUGAUAGUCAUAAUAAGUAUCGGCUGUCUGCUUCUUGCUAUAUGUUUUCUAUUGAGUUUAUGUGCGUUGCUGGACGGGUUUCCUUUGAAACAUACUGCCGCCUACUUCCACAUCAUCACCAUGAUCAAUAUGAACUGCGCUCUGUGGUUCACAAAUAUUACGAUCGCUGUGUACGGAGCUUUAGCUGAGAUAGUAGACCACGGGUUUGGAUUCAGCUUUAAGGAGAUGGGGUUGUUCGUAGAUGCUGGUUACUGCUGCACACUGCUAUUCAUAUUCGCGGAUUGUUCGCACAAAUCCACGAAAAAGGUAGCCGAUGGAGUUCAAGAAACGCUUCUGAACAUUGAUAUAUUAGCCGUUGACAGACCGACGCAAAAAGAGAUCGACCACUUCAUUCAGGCUAUUGAGAUGAACCCAGCCGUGGUGAGUCUGAAAGGAUAUGCUGACGUCAACAGGGAGCUUUUGACAUCUGUGCGUAGGAAUUAA